CUCCCCUGUUCCCGCCCCCUGACUCUGAAGACACAGACAGCAGUCUUCAGAUCCACCCCCUCUCCCCUCCGUGGAUUCACCAAAACACAGGAAGUCACGUGGUGCACCUUCCUGUGUGCAGUGCUGGAGGAGCCUGCACGUGAGUAGAGGAGCAGCCACACACCACAGGGCGGCACACAGAAGAGCUCAGACACUGCACAGGCUCAGGGCCGUCCAGACGCAUACGCGGGUUAUGCAGCCGCAUAGAGCGCCAGACAGUAGAGGACGCUGCUGCAGACAGUGAGUCAUUGUGACUCACUCUCUAUAACGCCGUGGACGCCCGCCCUUUCUGUACACGGUUCUCCAUGCACCGCAGCCCUCUCCCGGCACCCAGCCCUCCCCUGAUGCCCGGAAACAGGGAGAGGGAACAGUGCAUCAUGUGGUGACAGCAGGGAGCUGUAGCAGCCCCAUGACAGAGGUGAAAAGAAUGGAUCCUUCCAAAAUGGACCCAGAAACGAUGGCUCAGCUAACGGAGAUCUUGAAGCACCUCAGGCUUAAUUUGGGGCAAGUGGACGGGAUCCCGCUUCUGGAGAGCACCUGCGAAAUCUGGGACAAAAUCUAUAACUUUCAGGCCCGUGAAGACGACGUCCUUAUCUCUACAUUUCCUAAAGCUGGUACCACAUGGAUGCAAGAGAUUGUGGACCUGAUUCUUCUACAGGGUGAUGUGGAGAAGAGCAUGCGUGCUCCCUGCUAUGCCAAAGUGCCGUUUAUAGAAUUGUAUCCAAAGCCUAUGCCAUCAGGAGUGGACGCAGCCAAUGCAAUGGAGUCUCCUCGUCUCCUCAAAACUCAUCUUCCAAUACAGCUGAUGCCGCCAUCUUUCUGGGAGAAGAACACGAAGAUUAUAUACGUAGCUAGGAAUGCAAAGGAUUGCAUGGUUUCAUACUUUCACUUCCAGAAGAUGAAUAAGGGCAUGCCGGAGCCUGGAACCUGGGACGAAUAUUUCUCAUUGUUCCUGGCAGGAAAUGUGGCGUGGGGAAGUUGGUUUGACCAUGUAAUUGGCUGGUGGAAGGCUAAAGACAAACAUCAAAUUCUCUACGUCUUCUAUGAGGAUUUGGUGGAGGACCCAAAGCGAGAGAUAAGGAAGAUAAUGAGGUUCCUAGGGAAGGACCUGUCCGAUGAGGUCAUUGAGAAGAUUCGGCACCACACGUCAUUCCAGGCAAUGAAGGAAAACCCGAUGGCCAACUUCAGCACCCUACCAUCAGUUAUAUUUGACCAAUCCAUCUCUCCCUUCCUGAGGAAAGGGGAAGUCGGGGAUUGGAAGAAUCAUUUUUUGGUGUCCCAGAAUAUUGUGUUUGAUGAGGAAUACAAGAAGAAGAUGGAGGGGAGCGGGCUGAGUUUCCGCACCCAGCUAUGAGGCUACAGCUGCCCGCUCACACAACGUCACCAACCAACCACCUACUGUACUCGGCUGGUUAUAAUUAUUAGAUUGGGUGCUUGAGGUGCCGCGCUGGGUGCAGGAAGAGAUGAAUAGUGACCCCAUCAUAACGGACAAGAAACCCGUCUAUCCAGAAGUGAGGACUGUGUCUGCCCUGGACCUCUUGUGUUUAAUGAUUAUGGAUCUUUGUGCCAAACAACCACAUAAAAAAAACAAAAAAACUAUUAAUAAAAACUCCUAUAAUUCCAGUUAGAAAUCUGGGAGACUGUAGUAGAUUAUUUCCUCAAUAGUUACAAGACAGCAUUAAUGGAAACACUACACGUGUGAAGGCCACAGAGAGAGGGAAACAGACCAACUAAGACCCUCACCACAGAGGUGGCAAAACCACCGCAUGGAAUAAAUGAAAAGUAGCCAAACUCCGAAUGAUCAUUUCUAAUAACUUGAUCUUUAAAUUUUAUUCUGUAUUGCUUUAUCAUUUCCAUAACUGUGUGUAUCUAUCCUCAAGUGGUCUCCUUCAGAUUCCAAGCUCCCUGACCUCUAGACAUCACAGAAGACAAAGUCAAGAUCGUCAUAAUGUCAAAAAAGCCUUCAAAGAUUCCAGGAUGGGAAGGAUUGUCUUUGCCUUAUUACACGUCUAACUCCCAAUCUUAUGUGGACAUUAAUAGGAUUCUAGAAGGCAAAUACUUUCACCCUGCAGCCAGAAUGAUAGUUAUUCCAAAAUCUAAUUAGUAACCAGCCACCCACGUGACUUACCACCCAGUCUCGCUCUCCAUCGUCAACAGUAACAGUUUGGCAAAUUGACUGGACUAGUACAUAGGCCCCCAACUCUGGCUGAGGGGUCCAUUUAUCAUUGAAUAUUUGUGGCUUAAUUUCUGAAAAGAAUAAAUAAAAAAAAAAGCAAAAGGGAAUACAAAGUGUGUGGCAUUAUAAUAAAUAUGAAUACAUCUAAAUAAAUAACUCAUGAACCAGUAAAUGUGGAAUCUGUCAUACGGCAGGGGUUAACCACAAAUAUUUAGUAUCCCUCACUGUAUCACAGAGGAACCACAGCAGAUAUCUCCGUUACCUGCCACGUUCCCUCCAUUACCGCCGGCAGCCACAGGCCCCAUAGGGUAUUAGAAGCAGUCAGAUUUAGCAACUUCCGGAGAUUGGCCCUCGCAGCUACCACCAUCUUGAGUAAGGUAGAUGGGCAAGCAUUAGUGUGAUUCUGCAAUAAGCCAAUGUUACUCCAUUUUGUUAUAUUCAAUAGAUUGUAAGCUUACUUUAGCAUUAAUAUAUGAUAUGCUUAAAUAUGCUGGGGAGAAGGAAAAGUAUAGAAUGAUGAAAUGUUCAGUUAGCAAAAAAGAGGAACUUGUGGGUAAGCCAUAUCUGAGAGAGAGAGAGCAAAAAGAGGAACUUGUGGGUAAGCCAUGUCUGAGAGAGAGAGCAAAAAAAAAAAAAAGGAACAAGACCGUUAUCAGGAAGAGGACACAACCCUGAGGUGAAACGGUAAACUCCUCUGAGCCUUUUAGAACAAGUAUAAAUAUGUGUAUGUAAGAAACAAUAAAGCAGAACUCUUAUUGACUACA